AUGACGCUGCCGCGCGGAAAAUUUUCGUUCGCUGCAGCUGCUGGUGCAGCUGUCGUGCUUAAUUACAGCGGUAUGCAGCAGCUGCUGCCGGUUGGUGCCCUGUCCCUAAAUCCUAAAACGACCGGUGCCGAUUCCGCCCCAGUGGGAGAUGUUGAAAUACCGUACCGUAUUUCCAUAACGGACCACCGCACCGGAUCGACCUGGACCUACCGUCCUAAGUUUCUAUAUGAAACGGACCCUCCUAAAAUUGCCUCCGUUGGCGACCUGGAAAAGUGGUUGCGCACCACUGCCCACUCUACUGCAGGAGCUGCGCUAAAUGAUCCGCCGCUAGGUCCUGGCCAGUAUGCGGCUUUCAUUGGUACGACUGAACCUGUGCCGCAAUCGCAAAUUCCGGCAAAUAGGAAGUACGUCGAAGAAGGAAACUCGUAUAUUCCGUCGUGGGAGACAUCCUUACGCUUGUAUGUCCGGGAAGGGAACACGAACAACCCGGACCUAAAAAAGGAGGAGGAGGAGUUGUACCUUCGGCAGGAGUAUCAAAUGCAAAGAUCGAUCUGGGUCUGGAACCAUGCAACUUGUCAUGCUACAUUUGGAUUUUUCCAAAAAAAAUUGUAUUGUAUGAGCAGCAAGAAGGGGAGUUGUGUACUAAUUUUUGCUACGCGGAAGAUCAAAGGGCAUUUCCAUUUUUCAUGCGGAACAGGCAUAUUGAAGAACAAGAAGCCCUCAAAAUAAAAUCUGUGAAGAUGCUAGCGCAUGCAUCACAGAUCGAUCAGGGCAGCUCCUGAUGCACAAAACGUGCGUGCCAGGUGUCAGAACUCCUUCCGGACCCAAAUCGAUAUUUGCAUUGGAUAAGGAGGAGGCCCGGCUGCGCAGCGAGGCGACGGAAAAGGAACGGCAGCGCGAGGCGGAGGAGAAGGCGGAGGAGCAGGCCCGACUGCAGCGCGAGGCGGAGGAAAAGGCGAAGGAGCAAGCCCGACUGCAGCGCGAGGCAGAGGAGAAGGAACGGCAGCUGCAGGAGAAGCAUGCCCAGCUGCAAAAGGAGGCGGAGGCCCAGCGGGAGAUGCAGGCCCAGCUGCAGAGGGAGGCGGAGGCCCAGCGGCUGCGGGAGCAGGCCCGGUUGCAGGAGGAGCAGGCCCGGCAGCUGCGGGAAAAGCAGGCCCAGCUGCAGAGGGAGGCGGAGGCCCAGCGGCUGCGGGAGCAGGCCCGGUUGCAGGAGGAGCAGGCCCGGCAGCUGCGGGAAAAGCAGGCCCAGCUGCAGAGGGAGGCGGAGGCCCAGCGGCUGCGGGAGCAGCAGGCCCAGCUGCAGAGGGAGCAGCAGCUGCGGAGAGAGCAGGAGCAGCUUGCGCGGGAUCGGCAGCGGCUGCAGCAGGAGGAGGAUUUUUUGCGGAGGGGGGGCGGCCGGCCGCCGUACAACAACUACAAUCCUGCUGGUAGCGCUAUUAUGGGAUUGUUCUCAAAUCGAUUACCUUCUCAACCGUUACAUGAGUAGUUGUCAUGCAAAAUGAAGACCAUAAGCUGCAACCACAUCACGGCCAAGCGACUGCGCAUGAGAAAAAAUUUUCGAAGCUGCGCUAAAGAGCAUCUAAAAUAUGUUUGUAAAAUUUGUAAAAGAUGCAAGAACUACUGCAAGAUCUUCGUCCCUCUCGCUUUCGCUUUUCUACUUGCAUUUCAAAUACAACAAUGCCAUCGUAAAAACAGUUGAGAACGUAACGGCUGAGAGCCGCAUACCACUUGCGGGUUUCGGGGCGGGGGUUAUUGCUGGAGAACUUGCUGGAGGUGGAUUUCGCCUAUGCAUUGCAAAUAUGUCUGGGUCUGGUAGAGUACAACUUGUCAUGCUAAAUCUGAACCAUACAAAAAUCUGUGUUGCAUGAUUAUGUAUGAUUACCAAUAAAGCUGUUCACUUUUGAGAAGGCCGAGAGGCAGUUUCUCAUGCGGAAAAGGCAUGGUAAAGCUAAAGAUCUCACAGAAUCUGUGAUGCUAGGGUAUGCAUCACAGACCUCACGCGUCAUGCAAAACGUGCAUGACAAACGUUGCACUUUUCCAGACCCAGAUCGAUAUUUUCAUUUGAUCUCGCCCCUAUGGACCUUACCCAAGCGGAUUCGCUCCUGGACUCGGUGCCGGACCUGCAGGCCUGA